AGGUUCGUAGCGUGCGUGCGGUGGUUCUGGCCGGGAGAACGAUUUUCAACUGGCAUAAGUGAGUCAGGCGUCAGGCUCGAACGGCAGUCGUUCGCCGAAGCGCGUGCGGUAUGGUCCUGUCUCUCAACGCAUUUGUUGCUUCUUCGACUCGUAAGCGCACGAGUGGCAUUCGUCGUCGGUUUUGAAUUGUCAACAAAGAAUUUUUCGCUCGCUUUUCCGUCGCUAACAAUCGUAUUAUUACUAUUUCGAUCCUCUACGAAACUUUUCCGUAUCUUUUAUCAUUGUAAAUUGCAAUAAAAAUCUAUACAUGUCCCGGUAAUAAGUGAGUGGAAAUUACGAUGAAGAAACAAACUUUAUAAAUCACAGAGUGAAUCAGUGAAAAUUCGGACUCGGGAUGAAAAACUAUUUUUUAUUAACAAACUGAAAAAUGAAUGAAUAAAGAACGACGAGCGGUGUUUGUGAAAUAUCGAUGAUAUUCGUCGUGUUGUAAUUCUCGUGUUUGCUCGGGGAAUCCGUAGAAACGAGCGUCAAAGAUCUCUUUUGUCCGACACGAAAGAGUGAGAAAAUCAAACACGAGGUUAUAAAUUGUCGUAUUACUUUGAUAAAGAUUGAGAGGCAACUUUGCUCAACUUUUUUCUUCUCUGCUGCAAAAGACACUGAGCUUUCCAAGAGGAGAAAUGAAAUAAAGAAAGGAAGAGGGAGGGAGAGCAAGCUCGUUGUCAACGAUAUGCAGAUGAAAGUCCAUGUCGACGACAGUGUACUUACGUCGUCCAAUCACUGAUCGGAUCUCCGCUACGCUCUCUUAUAUCUUUAUCCCUGCUAUUUUCUUUUUCACCCGGUGAAAUACAAGAAAAAAAAAAUCAUCUUUUAGAAUAUUUUGCCUCCUCCGUUAAUAAGUUAUUACAAAAAAGUGCCUUUUUUUUGUGAAUAAGAAGAAAACCUGUGAUAUUUGAUAAAAUGUGGCCAAGAGAAUUGAUCGCUUUUGCUACAAUAACCACGACGCUUUUUUUUCGAUUGAUCAACGCUGCUUCGGUCGGUCUUGAUCUCGGUGAUUACGAGAUUCUCAACCAAGUCGAUGAGAAACCUGAAAGCGAAGGAGCCCGACACAGCGAUUCAGUAGCAGGCGUCGGUGAGGUUAGGUGUUACUGCAAUCAACCAGAAUGCGUGCCACAGGGCUACAUGUGCCGGGGAAAAGGUUGCUUCACCGAAUUACCAUUGGGCUCGAAUUCCCCAUCUUUUCUCAGACCCGAACACUCCGCUAAUAAUGGUUGUCUCGAGGAGAGCUUCAAGGAAAAACAAUGUCCGCCUGGUUUUCUAUGCUGCGAACAAGAUCUUUGCAAUCACGUUGAUAGCCCAGCGAUGAUCAACAGACUCAACAAAACACUCCAAGUAUUGGUCGGUGAUCAGCGAGCAUUUUUGGGACCGAUACAGCCAACCGGGCCAGCUACGCGAGCGACCGACGGAUGGUUCAAAACGGCAACGAUCGCAGUGCCGAUAUGCGGCCUCGUUGUUCUUUUGAUUUUGGCGAGUUUGGCGAUAAGGCUGUUGCAACCAUUGCCAUCACAGGGCGACAAGCUCGGACCGCAUCGAACGCUUGACAACGCACCACCGUUGCUCGGACCACCGAAAGUGCCUCUCGUAUAAAAGCGAAUAAAAAUAAAAAUAAAAAUUAAAAAAAAAAAACACGAAUUACAUGAAAUGUUUUUAAAAUUCCAAAAGGGAUUGAAAAAAAAAAAUGAGAUCUAGAGACUCCGUUUUAAGGAAAUAUGUGUGACGCGUGAGCGGUGACACUGGAUUGAUGAUUUUCGUUAAAAAAUGUUGCCAGAGUGUAAAAAGAAAAUCGUUAAUCCAAAAUUUCUUUUCUUUUCAUAUGAGAGAGAAUGGAAAUUAUUUUCUGAACAGUCAUCUCGUCUUGACAAGUUCUCCUUUAUCGAGGGGUGGCUCUUUGUCGACGAUUAAUGUGUAAAAUAACGAGACGCGAGUCUCCUAAAAAGCUAGAGAGUCCGAUGGGGGGCUCCGCUUGGCUGUGAAUUUUUCUGACCGAACACCAUUGUAAACUAUAGAUAAAACGUGUGCGCGCGCACGCACAAAUAACUUUGUAAACAUAGAUUAUAAUAUCGAAGUAAUUGACGAUGUAACAUCUCGUAACCGCGCAUUUCUUUUUUCUCGCGACGCGAGUAAAAAAAAUUGCAAGUUUCGUGAUAGAGAAAAGAAUUCCAAUGAUUAUUGGGUUAAUAAUAUAUGAAAGGGACAACGUCGGAUCGUUGUCUCGCAUCUCCUGUAAAUAAUACGUAUGAUUAAUGUUUUUUGAUUAUUCGAUCUUAUAGUUUCGUAAGUAACUCAUCUUCUGCUCUCGAAUAUCGGACUGUUUAUUAUUUGAAAUAAUAAACGUACCUUCUUCCAUUUGUUUUUGUGAGCUAUCCUUUUUUUGUUUGAAAAAGGAAUGUAGAAAUGUUUUUUUAUUUUUUCAAUCGCGAUUCUCCAUUGUAUUCGAAUAAUGAUGAAUUCGCGUGAGUAAAUCCCUAAACAAUAAAGUCGUGUUCCAAGGGUGUGUAGAAAAUUUCUCAAGUCGAAUUGUCAAUAACGCCAACGCCGGUUCUACCACUUUUAGAAUCAAACAAGAUUUCAUUUCCAAUAUAAAUUUAUCCCAAAUAAUACAAAGUCGGGGGAUUGAAUCACGAAUAACUUGUGUCUACGACCAUUUGAAUCUCCGACAACUUUUAUGUACUACCUUACGACGAAUAUUAUAUAUUGUGAUAGUAUCGUAUAAUUAAACAAUAAGCAUUAUCAAAAUGUAUCGAGAUACAAAGAGGAGUACCGUAUCUUCGACGAGACAAGAUUCAUUCGUCUCAUUGUUUAUGAAUUGUUUGGAGGAAAGAAAAAACUAAAAAUUAACAAAAAAAACUUUUUAGAAUGAUAAAGGAAAUGAAAAAAGGC